AUGCAACCAGAGCAGUUCCUUGAGCGUAGUAGGCGAUAUAUUGGUCAAUGCGGAAAUCAAAUUGGUCACCGUUUUUGGGAUCUGGUACUGAGGGAGUAUGCUGCCGUGAAUAAAUCAGUACUAGUGGACAUGGAAGAAGGUGUUGUAAAAAGCCUGCUUCGCAGUCAAAUUGGGAGUCUUUUUGACGUUUCUUAUCUUAUCACAGACUUCCCCGGAUCGGCAAAUAACUGGGCCGUUGGCUAUUAUGAGCAUGGACAAAAGCACAACGAUGAAAUUGUUGAAGCUGUUCGGCGCAGUGCCGAGCUAUGUGACUGCCUUCAGUGCUUCUUUAUCCUUCAUUCGAUGGGUGGUGGUACGGGAUCUGGGUUGGGCAGUUACAUAACCGGUCUGCUGGCAGAUAAUUUCCCAGAGGUUUACAAAAUCGUUACUGCCGUUUUCCCCUCCCUCAAUGACGACGUUAUCACAUCUCCAUAUAACACAGCCUUAGCCAUUGCCAAGCUAACCGAACUGGCAGACUGUGUUAUUUCUGUUGAAAAUGAAGCUCUUGCGAAGAUUGUAAACAAAAUUCAUAAGGAGCUGGAAGUGAGUAAGGAAAAAAAUGAAGUUGGAGUAGGGAGUGUGAUCUGUGGUAAAGGUGGUGUCGUCGGUGGUAGGGCAAGGGCGUUCGAUGAAAUGAACAACAUUGUUGCCAAUAUGCUUCUCAAUCUUACCAGCUCCGCAAGAUUUCCAGGGACGAUGAAUGUUGACCUAAACGAAAUAAGUAUGAAUUUGCUUCCCUUUCCUCGUCUUCACUAUCUCAUCGCAGCUCAAAGUCCAUUUGCAUCGUACAGAAGCAUUUCAGCCCCGAGAAACAUCGACCAGAUCUACCAGGAUGUCUAUUCCCGUGACUACCAGCUGAUCUGCACCAAUCCACGUGAGCACACUUUCUUGGCGACUUCACUCCUCCUCCGUGGCCACGGCUUCGCCUCCGACCUCCGUCGCAAUAUCGAUCGAUUACAGGAGCGAUUACGUUUUGUGGCAUGGAACCGUGAGGGCUGGAAGGUGGGUCACUGCGCGGUACCGCCGGUAGGUCAGCAAUCGGCGCUCCUUGCGCUCUCCAAUUCCACUGCCAUUGCUGUGCCAUUCACCUCGGUGCUCAACCGUCUGCGCAUACUGUUCCGCAAGAGGGCGCAUCUCCACCACUACCUUGCCGUCACCGGCUUUGAGGCAUCGUCUGCUCUCGAGAGCGCUGCUGAAAGCCUAAACAACCUUAUUGGUGCCUACGAGUUCUUCAAUGCCCCAAAUUCCCUGGAUGCAUCAAGUUGUGGGAAGAACGGUGAUGUGCCGACAAUCAAAAUUGCUGAUUGA